GGAAGCAAACUACCCCUGGUUGCAUCACAGGCAGCAACAACAACAAACACAAAUGGCUGCUUCUUGCCUAUGGAUUCCUAUGCAGAAGUAAUGUCACUACUAAACGAUGACAACAAUGAUUAUGAAGAAGAUCAGCCAAGGAAAAAGUCCAAGACAUCUGGUCCAACUUCAGAAGAAGAGGACUCCUUGGCAUACCUUUUUCAACUAGAUCCGCCAGUUUCCUUAGAUGAGAUUCUUGGACAAGACCAAACACUGUUUUCCAACACACAAUUGGGAGGAGAAUCAUCACAACUUCUGAGGGACAUUGUACCACAAACUGUAACACGAGGCACACCCUCUGUCGGAGAAGGAUCCUCAAAUGGACUACCUCAACAACUAGGAGGCAACAUGGGCGUAGUAAACCCUAUGUUCAGUUCAGAAUUAAACUCUUCAAAUUCUACUCUCUCAUUGCCUCAAAAUAACCCAAUAUUUUGGCCUCCUCAAACUGCUGCUCCAUUUGGGGAUUCCACCUUCCUUAAUACAAUAGGGAACUCUAACACUCAGUUUGGUAGUGCUGCAAGGGCCGGUUCUGAUUUUGGAAAUUCACUGACUCAAUUUCAAUUUCCAAACAGCUCAGUAAAUCCUUAUGAUUGUGCUGGUGCUGGUGAUGGAAACUCAUUCUCUCAAUUUCAACCACCAAGUUUCCCUGUGCAUUGUUAUGGUAGUCUUACUGCUGGUGUUGCUUGUGCCAGUGCAAGUACCGAUGCUAUUGUUGUUGCUUCUGCUGCAAAUGGUAGUGCUAGUUCUUAUGGCAGUCAUCAACAAUUUACAAAACACAAUCCGUUCGAAAUGAGGGGAAUCGAUCCACUAGGUUUACCUUCUGCAAUGGUACCAAACCCUUUGGUUUCUCCUGUGCCAAUCAUGUCUCAAUACAAUCAGACACAGGUUUUGCCUCGCCAACCAUUUCUACCGGAUUUUAAAGACUCCAUUCCAGCAUGGGAGGGAUAUUUGGUUGGAAGUAUUCACCCGUAUUGUGCAUUCUUUAAUCAAGCAAAGGCCUGGAGGAAGAAAACAUCACCUGUCGCACUUACAUAUCAGUGGUCGACUACGCUGGAGAUCGCCCUCUACUUACCAAAAAAGGCUGUCAUGCAUACCAUGAGGACUUAUGGUGGACUCCUUGAUGAUGUGUUAUUUGAAGUAACUCAAUUCGACAACCUUGAUCUUUACCACCAUCUCAUAAGCUACAAUUUGUGUGCAAAAAUUGCUCUCCCUUCUCAUACUUUAAUAUUGUCUACAACCGAAAACAAGCACUGCUACACGGCGUCGAUUUUCCCAGGGGAUGCAGUGUUUGUUGAACCUCUCUGAAGCAUGGUUUUGGCUCUCCAGAGGUAGCAACUUUGCAUAACCAAUUUCUGUGGCUCUGGGUGGCUUGUUUGUGACUCUAAAGCAUGACUGUGACUUCUAAGUUUUUGUUUCAGACAUUUUAUAACUUAGGUACUAUGAAUUAUUUCAAAAAUUCAUCUAAACGUGGUUAUGUUUUCUUGAUAGUUCAA